AUGAAUCAAGCAUCAUCUGAACAAAAAGAUAGUUGUUCAAUUGAUACGCAUAUUAUUGUUGCACCGAUUCGUUCAUCUUAUUGUCAAACGGAGAUACCAAAACAUGAUUUACAGACAAUAAAUAUAGAUUUAAAUCAAUCAAAAAAAACAAUUAAUCUAGGAAAACAACUAACUGAUACAUUGUGUCGUCGUUUACAUGAACCAUUAAUGUUUAUGAAUCGUGAUAUGUUUUGUAGGCAUAACCGAACUUCAUUAUAUUCAACGCAACCAUUGGGACAAAAAUUUUUCCAACAGCAAUCACAUGAGAAAAAAGAACUUUCUUCAUUAAAACAAUCAUCACUUAGUGAAAGCCCAAAACAAAUUGCUACAACUCUAUCUUCAGAUCAAAGUAAGAAACUGUCAAUAAUCAAUACUACUAAUUUAUCUUCAACAACAAAUGGAUUUUCACUAUCAAAUAUUCAUGAUGAAUCAUCUUUUCUCCCUAAUCUAACACAUAUUCAAUCAGAUGAAACAUUAUUUUUAAAUAAUUUUCAACCAGUAUUUUUUGAUCUACAUCAAAGAAAACAAUCUCAUAAAAAACUAAAACAAAAUCAACGAAUAAUUGACGAUCAUAGUAUACCAUUAGCACUUGCUACAAGUCUUCAUUCAAAUUUAUCUUUGUAUAAUGAAGAUUAUUUUCUAACAAAAUAUAUUUAUCCAUUAUUCAUUGACAAACAUUAUCUUCGAUAA